AUGCCUGACUCCCGCCUCCCAAAGCGCCUGCUGUACGGGGAGCUGGAAGACAGAAAGCGCUCCCAGGGCGGCCAAAGGAAACGAUACAAAGACACCCUGAAAGCUUCCCUAAAGAGUUUCGGCUUCGCCUUAUCAAACUGGGAAGACCUGGCCCUCAAUCGCCCCGCCUGGAGAGCGGCUGCAGGCAGUGGUGCUUUGGCCUUUGAGAAAGCAAGAUGCGAGGCCGCCGUCAAAAAGCGCCAGGUCCGGAAGGCCAGAGCUGCACUCCCUCCACCAGACACUGGCAUUACAUGCGAUAUCUGCGGCAAAUCUUUCCAUGCCCGAAUCGGUCUGAUUGGCCACAGGCGGACGCACCGCACUUGGCCCCCAAUGAAAAAAGUGAUGUCCUGGUCGUCGUCGACUACGACGGACGAACGAAGGGCACGCCCCGCCAUCAUCAGGCCCGGAGGUUCCAGACCACAUUACAUCAGAGGGGAAGGGCUUGAGAGCGUAAUGAACAUGCAGAGGAAAAGAGACGUCAGUGUCACCAUGGAGAAAUGGGCAGGAUGGUUGGAGACAGAUCAGCUGCUUCUCCUGUUUCUAAAGACGGAGACGAUGGAAGAGGCUGAACUCUGUUUUCCACAGCUCCUCAACUCCUCCUGCAGGAGACCAGAGCCUCCUCACUUUGACACUGUGCUUAUUUACCUUCUGCUGGCCUUCAUCGCUCUGCUCACUGCAGCUCUCAACCUGCUGGUCAUCAUCUCCAUCUCACAUUUCAGGCAGCUCCACACCCCCACCAACCUCCUCCUCCUCUCUCUGGCUGUCUCAGAUUUUCUUGUGGGGCUCUUUGUGAUACCGGUUGAAAUCCUCAUGAUGCAGACCUGCUGGAUGCUGGGUGACCUCAUGUGUUCGUUGUAUUAUCUUAUUUCUUUUAUCAUAAUCUCUGCCUCUGUGGGGAACAUGGUGCUCAUAUCUGUUGACCGCUAUGUUGCUAUAUGUGACCCUCUGCAUUACCCCACCAAAGUCACUCAAAAAGUUGUUAAAAUAUUAGUUUCCCUGUGUUGGAUUUGUUCUACUUUUUAUGGGAUUAUCCAAUCAUAUGAAAACCUGAAGCAUCCAGGCAGGUACAAAUCCUGCUAUGGAGAAUGUGUGGUUAACAUUCCAGGACUUGUUGAUCUUAUUGUUAGCUUCAUUAUUCCUAUUGCUCUCAUAAUAGUUAUGUAUAUGAGAGUAUUUGUGGUGGCUGUGUCUCAGGCUCGAGCCAUGAGAUCCCACACUGCAACUGUCUCACUCCAGCACUCUAAGACUGUAAAAGUUAAGAGAUCUGAGCUGAAAGCAGCCAGAACUCUUGGUAUUCUUGUAGUUGUGUUUCUGAUGUGUUAUUCUCCAUAUUACUGCAUCUCUCUCACAGGUCACAAUAUCCUGAUCGGAUCGUCAAUUGAGGCCUUCAUGGUUUUUCUGAUUUAUUUUAACUCCUGUUUAAACCCCGUCAUCUAUGCCUUUUUCUACCCGUGGUUUAAAAAAACUAUUAGACUUGUUGUUACUUUUCAGAUACUGCAGCCUGACUCCUGUGAAACUCAGAUACUGUGA